AUGGGGCUGAAAAGAAGCAAGUGCUGUUUACUCCUCGUGGGAGAGACGGAGAAGGGGAACCCUUUUAUUGUGUCUGAGCGAUUCCGCAAUAGGGCUAGGAGCAUGCUCAUAAGGCUCCCUCACGGGGGACUCCUCAUGCCAAAUGCGCACACGCGCAUAACUGCACACAAUGACCCCGCUUUACGAAAUCGGAUGCUUCAAGAAGAAGCCAAGCCCCAAUGCGACCAGUGGACAGAGUGGUCCAGCUGUUCAAAGUCCUGCGGCAUGGGAGUCAGACUGAGAGUUCGAGCAAGCAGCAAAAAGGAACACUCCCGAGAAUGCUCCAAAAUCACAGAAACUGCAGUUUGCUUCAUGGACAAUUGCAUAGAGUUGAAGGAAGUAAGAGAGCGAGACGAAAUGGAACAAAACGAAAAUGAAAGAAAAACUGUCAAGCGAAAGUAUCUCCUAAUUUUUGGCAUUUUCUCAGCCAUAAAUAUAGUCAUACUGCUCGUAUGCGUAAUUUUGUCCAUAAAGAAAAAAGUCAUCUAA